UGGAUACAAGCAGACGAUGAAAACUCUUCUGGUGCCAUUUUAUUAACAACAGGAAGUCACGCAGUAAACAGACGGGGCGUGAUCUGACUGAUCACUGAUCUGCAGGUUCAGCCCGCUUCACCAAGAAUGUUGUAAUGGAAAAAUUGUUUCUUCUUUAUUCUAUGCAGUUAUUAUAUGAUUUAUGACUUAUGUUCUGCAAUUAAUAUCUUAUGUUUCGUCUUCCAUCUGUUUUAUGUACUUUAUAUGUCACCUACAUUGUUCAAUGCUUGUCUCUGCCUGAUAGACUCUGGACUCUAGCUCCCAAACCCAAGGCCGGGGAGUUGUGUCUCUGUCUGUUGAGACUUGGCGCUCCUUCCUCUCUGAUAGUCGGACGCUAGUGAUGCAGAUGUAAGAAUGUAAACAUCUCCACACACGGCGACAGGGAUGAGAUGGUGCAUCAGUCUGAUUGGGCUACACACACGUUCCACCGUAGUCAGACAGAGCGGUUAAAAGGCAGAAGCAACUUGAGGAUCGUGGGCUCUCACACCUUCGUGGUGUGUGCACUGAUCUCCCCAGCUGGUUUCUGGUUUGUUCAUGUGCACGAUCAACAUCCAUGUUUUUUGAUUUGCUUUCCCCAUUCUUUUUUUUCCCUUUAAUUUUAUGACGUUUUUCAUGUUUCGGGGAAAUUUCCACCACAAUGUUCAACAGUGGUCUGUCUCUGCUUUUCAACAUGCGCAUGAUAAAAAGUGCAGACAGAGAGUGACAUGUGAGCUGCAGGUUCCGGUCUGAUUAUUCAUUAAGGAAGUUGCAUGAAUACACUGUGAAAUGAGACUAAAUCAUGUUUAGUUUGCGGGAAACGAGUCUGCGAACAUGGGGGCGCUCACUGUGGCACUGAGCCUCCUCUGUGUUUCAGGAGCCUUUGGCUGUUUUCAGGACACAGGCCUCCUCAUCACUGCACCGAAGACGAUGGAAGCGCUGAGAGGAUCCUGUCUGAUGAUCCCAUGUAACUUUACCACCACUAAGGAGGAAUUCAUCAGCACCAGAACCACCUACGGAGUGUGGAUUAAAAAUGACAGCAUUUGGCAAAACGCAAACAAUGUGAUCUACAACAGCAGUGGAACAGUAACAACCUACCCAAUGAAAAUCACUGGAAACCUGAGGCAGAGAAACUGCACCACUCUGUUCUCUGAUCUGAUCACAACAUACACAGACACGUACUACUUCAGGAUUGAGAACAGGCCAGUGAAGGCAACAGCUGUUUGUGAUCCUCUGCGGAUCAAUGUCAGAGAUGCUCCUGGAAGCCCCAGACUUAACAUCUCAGGUGAUCUGAGGGAGAAUGUGUCUGUGACUAUAACCUGCUCAGCUUCCACUCCCUGUCCACACCUCCCUCCUAAACUCACCUGGAAUCUACAAGCAGAGCCUGACAACCACAGAGAGGGAAACACAGAUGGAACCUUCACUACUAAGAUCCAGGAGACCAUCACUCUGUCAGACCAACAUGAUGGACUCACCAUCAACUGUUCUGCCUCAUAUCCUGUGACUGAAGGCAUCAAGACAGCACAGACUCAGCAGACUCUCAAUGUUUCAUACUCUCCCACAGACACCUCGGUGCUGGUCAGUCCCGCUGACCCGCUGUCCGUCGGCAGCCCGGUCAACUUGACCUGCUGCUGCAGAGCAAACCCUCCUGCUCGCGUUUUCUGGCUGACGGUCAGCGAGGGCAGAGCCGAGCAGAUCGGCGCUGACACACGGGUUCGUGGCUUCACAGCGAGUGACAGGGACAGAGACAGACUCUUCUACUGCGGAUGCGCAAACCACCUGGGCCUCCAGCUCUCGGCCGGACGUCAGCUGAUGGUCAAAGGUCAUGUGCUGGGCCCAUUUACUGCUCCUCUCAUAUGUAAAAUCCUGGGAAUUGUGGUGCUGGUCAGUGCUGUGGUCACCUUACACUGCUGCUCUGGAUUCUUCACCAAACCAGUCAAGAGCGCCACAGAAAAUGACUACGUGGAGUCAGAGGUGCCACCAUGAGCUACGAGACCAACAGCUAUAUGUGAACACUGUCUGCAUCUGAUUCUCUGGGGUUUUUUCAGCAGGGUUUUUGUAACAGAACACAGAAUUAAACCAUUUGAAUCGUCUGACUAA